AAAUUGGGGAUAAUUGUUAUAGUAACUUUAAUUAUAGUCUUGGAAUCUGGAACGCAAUGACUAAAAGAGUACGCCAAGCUCAAGUUACCUUACUAGAACUAGGCAUUUUGGAUGAAACAUUACAUUAUGGACCAUACUCACGUUAUUGGUGGAAAACAAAUAAAGCUUUUGACCAAGAUAUAUCUUAUUUUCCAAUUCGCGUUGGACAAAAAACUCAAAUUAUUCUUAACGAUCGUAAGUUUAUUAUUACGAUAGUAGUCGGUCAUCCUGGUAAUCCUGACUUACCUGGUUAUGUUUGUCAAAGUGAUACGUUUUGUACUAAAAACCCAGCUCAUGAUCCUAGUACAGCUAUUUCUUCAAUCUACACGAGUAUUUUCAAUACCAAAACCCGUUACUCCGGACCACUUAUUAUUGGAUGGACAAAUUAUGAAAUUGUUUCGCAAUUGUUAAUUGAU